GUGUUUGGUUGGCCAGGCAUGGGGGUCAGCCACCAAGGUUAGCCCUGGUGCUUUGAUAAGCCAAGGGGAUUGUGAGUGAUGACUGUAUAUAUACAGUAAGUGUGUGUUCAGUAGCUAGUAUCCAGCUCUGUAUUCAAGCCUGGUCAGCAGAGUAUUGUGGCUGGAAUUGUCAAAGUACAAACUCAGCGUGUAGCCACUAUUAUGACUUCAGCUUUCCAGGGAGUUUGUUGAGUGUUGGAGACUGAGUGUGUUUGUGUAGUGUUCGCUACUUUCCAGGAUCCUGAAGUCUGCAGUAUUAAUUCAAAAGCUGGUCAUGAUGGUUUUCUCAUGCAUCCUUGAAGUAAAUUGUUUUGAUGUCUUUUGUAAAUGUGUAUGUCCCAGCACAUCUGAUGAAUUCAUCCAUAGACUUGGGAACUAAUCAACUUCCAAUAGUUGUCUGUCCCACUUCGUCAUUCUACAUGGUUGCCUUACAUGAACACCAGGCAAGGAUUCUGAGAAUUUGGGAAUUUCCUGGCAAGAAUGUCCAGGGAAGUGAAGUCCAUCCAGAUCCCUUUGUACUUGGAUAUCUGACCACAGUUCCUAUGUACAGAUCGUAACAUGCUGGUGUCAUCGGAGUUCCAAAGGUUUUGACACUUUUGGCCAACUGGAUCAGAGAAGGUCAUUCAGUGAAAACUUUGCAAAGGUGGCAGGGUUGGAGAGACAACGUUCACAGGAGUAGACCAUAUGUGUUGGAAACACCUAAUCAUCUUGGGAUUUAUGGAGAGUUCUUUGGAUUGAAAUCAGUCAGGAUCUGGCUGUCUUGGAAAUAGCGGAACAGAAAACAGGUGUCUGUCAGUGGAGCUGUUGGAGUCUGCUUCAUUUUUUAAACUGCCUUCCAGGAGGAUGUCCAAAUGUCUGACAACGGAGAAUCUGAAAUGUGCUGUUGUGAGCUGAAAGGGUUUUCUGUGUAUAGCUAUCCAAACUACAUAGUUUCUGUGUUCUAAGAAGUCUUAAAUUAAGUUUUCUGGAAUCGAGAAGGCAGCACUGGUUCCUUUGAAAUGCAGUCAACAAGUUGAAUUUAUUCUAGGAUGGAAAAAAGUUAGUCAGAUGUUGGGGGCUAAGACACAGAAAACCAACUGGUUAAUGGUGAUGGUUGUACCAUGUGUAGAUUUGGUCAACAAAGAUCUGUGUUGUCAUUGAAAAGAAAAACGUUAUUUGAAAAAAAAAACCGGCAGAUAGAGAGAAACAAGAGUUUGAAACUUUAAAGGUGUGUUGAUGCUGUGGGCCAUAUUGCUUCCAAGGCUUCAUUUUUGCUUCAGACUCAUCUAGCUACAUGUACCAGACUUCUGAUAAUCUUGGACUGGCGUAGCUCCUUUGACUUCUGGAAAUAUUGAAUUAGUCCAGUUGUGAAAACUCUUGGAUCAAUCUAGUUCCAAGACUUCUGUAUAUGUUGGACUGAUCUUGUCCCUUGACUCAUCCCAGGGAUUAACUGUGCACAUGAUUAUGCCGCUACUGUGAUUAGUUGGUUGUAAUGACCCAGUACAUGCUGCAGCGCUUCCUGGCCCAGGAGACGGAAGCCAUCCACAGCGCCUACGACGCGGCACUCUCCCUCUCCCAGGCCACCGAUUUGCAGAUAACCAAUGGCGAACUGGCUCCGCCUCUCCAGGGCCAGGCGAACAAUGAUAGUAGUAGCGGAGGAGGCAGUGCCCCGCCCACCCUCAAUGGCCACGACCAUCACAGGAUGUCGGCCUCACUCAAGAGAUCACAUGACCUGAUGGCUGCUGGCGGAGGGAAUGCAGGAGGCAUAUCAGCCCUCAAAGGUUCAGGUGUGGCACCCGCGUUGGGAUAUUCUACAACAGUGUUAUUGUCAGAGGAGACAAGAGAACCAAAAGUCAAAACUCAAAACACAAAUGUGACAUCAACAUCUCAUGGCCUGGCAACAACCCAAGGCCCAGCCGGAGACAAACUUGCGGGCAGUGACCUAGUCACUACCAUGGUAACGUCUGCCUCCCCGCUUAGUAUCAGCACCAUGGCGACCACGGUGCACACUCCCCCAAGCCCUGCCCCAAGCCCCUCCCCUCCAGCUGUGGCAAACACGGCUGCUCACCCUGAUGAAAGUAUUAUUCCAGUUACAAGAAAUGAGAAGAAGUUAACCAAAGAGGCAAUGAGACAGUACUUACGAGACAGAUGCCAUCAAACGGUGGUCAUUCAGCACGCUAAGGUGGCGCAGAAAUCAUACGGAACAGAAAAAAGGUUUUUCUGCCCGCCUCCUUGCAUCUACCUCCUGGAUCCUGGCUGGAGACGUAAGAGAGAACAGAUGCAGCAAGAUGGAGAGACAGAAGCUGGUUCCCAGGUCUGUGCCUUCAUGGGAAUUGGGAACAGUGACCAAGAUAUGCAGCAGCUUAACCUGGAAGGAAAGGAUUAUUGUGCUGCCAAGACGUUGUACAUCUCCGACUCAGACAAGAGGAAACAUUUCCUUCUCUCAGUCAAGAUGUUCUACGGUAGCGGAGAGGAUAUUGGUGUCUUCAACAGCAAGAGAAUCAAAGUCAUCUCUAAGCCUUCCAAGAAGAAGCAAUCACUCAAGAAUGCAGACUUGUGUAUCCAUUCAGGGUCAACGGUGGCGCUGUUCAACCGUCUGCGGUCACAGACUGUCAGUACAAGAUAUCUGCACGUAGAAAACAAUAACUUCCACGCCAGCUCACAGCAAUGGGGUGCAUUCACGAUACACCUGUUGGAUGAUGAAGAAUCGGAGAGUGAGGAAUUCACAGUACGAGAUGGUUACAUUCACUAUGGCUCCACAGUCAAGCUGGUGGAUAUAGUGACGGGCAUGGCCUUACCAAGAUUGAUUAUUCGGAAAGUAGACAAGCAGACCUCACUCCUAGAUGCAGAUGACCCCGUCUCACAACUCCACAAGUGUGCCUUCUACAUGAAAGACACAGAACGCAUGUAUCUCUGCUUGUCACAGGAGAGAAUCAUCCAGUUCCAGGCCACCCCUUGCCCAAAAGAGACUGACAAAGAGAUCAUCAAUGAUGGGGCAUCCUGGACAAUUAUCAGCACUGACAAAGCUGAAUACAGCUUCUAUGAGGGCAUGGGGCCAGUCAAGGCACCGGUGACGCCGGUACCCGUUGUGAUUGACCUGCUGCUGAAUGGGGGUGGGGAUGUGGCCAUGCUAGAGCUGACGGGAGAGAACUUCACCCCAAACCUCAAGGUGUGGUUUGGGGACGUAGAGGCAGAGACCAUGUACAGGUGUGCUGAGUACAUGCUUUGUGUUGUUCCUGAUAUCUCGGCAUUCCGUGGUGAGUGGCGAUGGGUCCGCAGACCCACGCAGGUGCCUGUCACGUUAGUCCGAAAUGACGGCAUCAUCUACCCCACGGGACUCACCUUCACCUACACACCAGAGCCUGGCCCACGACCGCCCAUAAAUGGUGCCACUGAAGGAAUCCUCCAUUAAGCCUACAGGGGUGUUUGGAUUUGUUUGGGUACAACACAUCAGGAAAGUGACUGAAAGUGUGAGCAAAAGGUGACUGUAAUGCUUCUUUUGUCCCACACUUAAUGGUUCAUUGUUGCCCCGGACGCACAAAUUUUCCCGUUUACGAUGGAUCUUUGCAGAUUUAAGUGCCCACAUGGCUCCAUUUUGUGACAGGAGUUAUCGUAAGAAAGUACCUCUAUCAAAGUGGAGCUUCAUACAUUUGAAUUGUAUGAAUGCACAAUUUGCCAACAUUAGAGUGGGCGGUACAUUUGUGGAAGACAGGAACAAAGAUGUGCCAGCUGUUGGUAAUGUAUUACCGACUUUGGCAGCGAGGAAUUAUGGCUUCUUAAAUAGUUUGUAGCUUCCAUCAGUUACCAAGUUCAGAUGCCAAGGGUAUGGUGUCAUUCAGGGAGUCCACUGAUGCUGAAAAGUAAGGUCAGAGAAUGAGCCACUUCAAGGGAGAAGACUCCAUACUGCCCCCUCACAAAGGUACGGCAGACAUGCUUUGUCAUGGAGAUGGAUAAGACGAUCAUGCAAGCUACAACUGGACCAAGUGUUGGACCAUCAUGGGAGGAUUCCAUUGACUUCGGAAGAACACCAAGCUCAGCUUGAAGAUCAUCUUUUCCAGUGAGCCUCACCUUUUAAAGGUGCAGGCACACAAAACAUCCCAUCAAUUAUUUCUCCUCUUGGAAUAUUGCCAGACUUGAGGAUGCAGUGUUGAGAAGAAUCUUGGGAAGAGGAUUGUAUAGCUAGGAAAUUGAGAGUCAAUGUACGACAGAAAAAAAAAAGUGUGCCAAAUUUUCUGGUGUUAAGAAGGCCAAUUAAUCAUGUACAAAAGUGAAUGUAGUUGUUGAAAUGAAGGGUCAGGGGUCAUUGGCAAGUAACAGCAAGUAUGUUAUUGUGCGAAAUGAUUUUAUAAAAACAAUCACUUUUUUAAUAUGAAUCAGCAUAAGGUAUUCAUAACUGACUGGCACUUGUCAGCCAUCUUCGUCUAGUUCUCUGUGUCAUUAGGGUCAUGUAAAAUACCUAACUGUAUGCAGAGCCGGACCACCUCUGGUGUCUGUCAUGUGGACAGGUCCAAUUUGGGAUUAACGCCAGUUAAAGUAGACAUAUACAUAAAUAGAUUACAGUGUUGGCAUAACUUGAUAACUAUAUUACUGACUGGUUCCCAUGUUACUGAUGUACAUACAUAACCUUGAAUUUUUUAAUACAGGGAACCAGACUGAUGCCCUUUUUCAAUAUUUCUAGAUUGUCUGUGUUUCUCGUUAAAGUCAAAGACAUCUUUCCUUUUUAAGCCGUGGUUUUUUAUUUUGUAAUAUAUGUUUUGGUUGUGCCAUGGCAAUCCAUAAAACUACAUAUUAAUCUGUUGAAGCCAUCAAAAUGUAUGGAGUGCAGAUGAGUCAACACUAAGCAGUAGUCAGGUUUUACAAAGAGAUACAAUGGGGCUGUUUUAUGCCUCACUCUUUGAUACAAUUACCAUGCACUGGCACCAGAAUUUAACAAAGAAGCAUUUGCUCCAGAGCAAAUAAUACCAGGAAUGCAUAAAAUGAAGCCAAAUAACCUUCGUUUAUGGGGAAACAACGCAUUUCCUUUAAGUUUAAAAUCAGAAAAGUCACAUCUGUUGACCUCCUAUACCUUAUUUAUACUGCUAAGGCCUAGUAACAACAAGAAAUGAUUUAUCAGUUUGAACCAUAGAAAGGCAAAGAGACAUGUAUAUGCUAUUUUUAAGUUUUGUUCUUUUUGUGCUUUUUUUCUAGUGUAAACAUUGCUGAUGAGGCACACCAUACCCAAGGGUUUGCAGUCUUAUAUUGCUUUCUUAUAAGUAGCCAGCUUUUCCUCAGUGGGUUGCAUUUAUCUCAUUUGACUUUGGAUACUGUUAUCCAAGAAUUUGGAUUACUCCUGCCGAAAUAAAAAUAACAAGACCGUCGUGUGUUAAAAUUCCAUUUGAGGUCCAACUCAGCUACAUACAGAUUUGAUCUGCAAACAAAUCAACGAAAAAAAGAAAGGAUGACAUUUAUUUACAGGAGCAGAGAGUAUACAUAUUGUGGUUGUUCUUACUCGAUUUGAGUCACAUCUAGACUUCAUCAGUCCUUCCUGUAGUCUCAAUCAAGCCUUGAACAUGUUUAACUCGAUUUAAGAAAGAAAUAUACAAAUUAUAUAUAUUUUUCUAUUGUAAGUCUGCAGAAUUGUCACAUGUAUGUAAAUCACGCAGCAAUCUGUUUUUAUAAAACUAGUUUUUUGGUCAUAAACCUAGGUUGGUCGUCAGUUAGUUGUAUGCAUUUAUGGCCCACCUUCAAUUUAAAACUGGUGCCUUGAAUUUAUAGCUUUGUAAAAUAUGCAUCCGGCUUUUUGCUUCGACUUACGUCACUCCCGCCCCGUACCCCUUCCCGAUGCAAUUACUCCAGCUCAGCCCUUGAAGUCUUUAUACAUUUUUGCCUUAGCAAGGGCUGAAAUCAGAUGCAGGGUUACAGAAUGGGGGAAAAGGGAAAAACCCUGACCCUCCCCCCUUUACAUUGGCCACUGUUUUAGAAGCUGUUUGCUUUGUUGUGUCAGUUGCACGUGAAAUGGUUUCGAUUGUUUAUUUUCGGCCUUGGUUUAAGGGAAGUGUGAACAACUAUGUUGGUAAAUUGACAACAGGAAGCAAAAACGACUUGAGAAAGUGUACCAUGUCGAGUUGUAGAAACUUUUUACUAUGCGCACAUUUUUGGAGGCCACGCGUAGAGCUUUUCUUCCCCAAAGCAGGAAAUGAACUCUUUCUGUAGGCAUGCGGACAAUCAUGUGCACGAUUCGUAUGGCUUUUCAUGAUAUCUCUUCAGCUGUCAGGCAGAAACCAAAACGACAUUGUCACUUCCUUGUUACAUGUUCACCAGCUGACUCCACUGCCAGGGUUCAUAAUAUCAGUACGGUUUGCAAAUAAACAUUGAGAAGCAGCACAGAGCCACCAUUUCUUUUUUCAGGCACGCACUCUUUUAUGCAGAAUCGGAACAUCUUGAAACGGUGUAUGCUGAGUUUGGGAUAUUGCGAUGAUUGUAAAAAUGUUUGAUAUAUUGGUCUUUUGGAGGUGUGUUUUACUUUGUAUGGAUGAUUCAGUUGAAUACGUGAAAUUCAGCAUGCCAAGUUGUGUUACCUGCAGUUAUAUUCCAGUUACAAAAUAAGACAUUAAAACGAAAACUGUGUGAGUUUACGCAUUUUUUAACCGAGUAUGGGAAAUUCCCAUUUUUACCUUUGACACCAACUCCAGAGUCGAAUUCGUGAAUCACAAGUGCUGCAACUUAAAAGAGGAUUAACAGUAAUAAAAAAAAGGGAAUGUCUCUCUAAUAGCGCAUUUCAGCUGCUUGUAACUUAAGGUUGUUACUUGUCGUUGACCUGUGAUCGUCAUGUUAGGAAUUCUUCACUAAUCCUCUCUUUUGACAUUUUAAAGGGAGUCUUCUUAUCCUUAAUCCAUUCAAAACGGACAUGUUGCACUAAGCUAAUGAGAGAUACAUGUAACCAUACUGGGACAUCAUCAACC